GACGGGGCAAAUCAAAAUCAGUAGAAUUUUGGUCUUGAAUGGUGAAGUAUUCGAGGGAUAGAUCGGUCUCUCCACUUAGCUGAUCAUUGUCAACUGUCUAGUAUUGGAUCGACUGUGCUUUUCUGUCUAGUUUAUUCUUAAAUUUUCAUCACUGCGACAAUCAUCAAAAUGCUGAAACUAUUCUUUCUAUUUUUCGUAAUCUCUACUUUCAUAAUGUUGGCGAAAUCCGAUUUUAAGAUCGAUUGGAUCUGCGAAGAGACUAAUGCAAUGGGCAACUGCAGUACAGUACCAAAGAUUACAGACUGGCUCGAAGUUCUUGCCGCUAAUAUUGAUACUAACGAAUAUACAGACUUCAACUAUUGCCCAUUCGAAAUCGUGGAACGGCACUCCAGGUGUAUGAAGUCGUACGUGGAAAGUUGUUAUCAGUAUGAAACCUAUAGAGAACGACAUACCUUCAGCGUGUAUACGUCACCAGCUGUAGAGAGCGCAAAAAAUAUCUGCACCAAAGGCCGGGCUUACAAGAAAGAAUUUAACAUGUACACAUCAUGCACGAAAUCAAUAUUCCAUAAUGACUACAACGAUCCAUGGAAUGUUCAUCAGAUAAAUCAAGAAGUGGAAUUCGGGCUAAUACCAAAGCAAAUGGACUUAUUCGAGAAAUGCGACAUGUAUCGCAAGUAUUGGGAUACGCAGAACUCGUGGAUUCGUAAGAAAUGCGGAAUGAAGACCUCAAAGUUUUCCCGCCAAGUGCUCAGCCACAUGUGGCCCUUAAUGGCAUUGAUGAGACGAUGUGGUGAGGAGCUAACAAUAGGAGGAUAUAUGUGAUCAGGAAUGACGGCUCUGAACCACUGCUUUUCAAAUUUAUAAUAUAAUUUAUUGCAUAAUCGCUUAUGAAUUUACUUUUAUCGAUUAUUAACUCCAAUUUAAUUGUAAUUUUUUUUUUCAUUUUAUAAAAUAAUAUAAUGCACUUGAAUACCAUA